AUGAAUGCAGAUGCGGCUUGGAAGACAACCACAAAGGUAGCAGGAUUUGGAUGGACCUUGAGGGACUCGAUAGGUACCUCUGUUUCCUCCUCCCACACGGGCUAUGAGAGAUUUGUAGGCUCUGCCCUAGCGGCGGAAGGACUUGCAAUGCGAGCUGCUCUGACAAAAUGCAAGGAGAAGGGAGUGAAGCGGGUGAUCUGUGAAUCGGAUUCCUCACAACUCAUCAAAGCCAUCAACUCAGGCUCUUGGAAACCCGAAAUCUAUGGCAUAGUUGCAGAUAUUUGCGAGUUGGCUUGCUUUUUUGAUGUAAUCAAUUUCUUUUGGAUCCCUAGAGAAAGAAACACCAUUGCUGAUAGUUUAGCAAAACAAUGUUUGUUGGAGGUUGAAGCUUUUAUGGCUGUCACCUAA